UUGUGGGAUUGGUCUCCAAAUAAGGAAUGUCAGAAGUUACGGGACACAGAACCCGGAAGUACCUGUGUUGUGAAUCGCGCCUUGGUUUGUGUUUGUGCAGCAUGGCAAAGGAAGCAGUCCUGCAUUGAUUCUGAGGCUGUGGAGUGUAUUAAGGAGUAUGUGGCAGCAUGAAUGGCAGGGACUAAAGGAAUUCGGGUCUGGCAAUACGAAUAACAACAUGUGAGAGUGUGGCGGGUACCGGCUUGAUAAGGGAUUGGGUAAUUUUACAAGAUUCAAAGUCUCAUAUGCACUGGACAAAACAUCCCUUCACAAUGAUAUCUUUCAAGGAAGUGGACUCAAUUCUACACUGUCCUGGGGCCUUAACUUUUACUCAAGCUUGUCCAAAUUGACUGAAAUUUGGGAGGGGAGUUUUCACCCCUUCCCUUGGGGCAUUAUGACCUUUUAGUGACAGCCCAAAUUUGUGGGUUUGGGUAGGAGGACGGGCAUACAUUAGCACUGGCUAAUAAGCCCCUAUAAAAGCCGUAACCGUGGAGAGACCCGGCUACCACAAACUUAUGGAUUUUGAUCAAAGGGAGGAGAAGGGGGACCCUGAGGAAGUUGCCAGGAGGAUGUCAAAAUCUGGCGUUGGACCUGGAAGAAGCAGUAGGAACACUGCUGCCAAUUCUGGCGUCUUAAUGGUGGGCCCCAACUUCCGAGUAGGAAAGAAGAUUGGUUGUGGGAAUUUUGGUGAAUUGCGGCUUGGGAAAAAUCUGUAUACCAAUGAAUAUGUAGCUAUCAAGUUGGAGCCAGUUAAAUCCAGAGCUCCACAACUUCACCUGGAGUACAGAUUUUAUAAGCAGCUUGGCAAUACAGAGGGCCUUCCUCAGGUUUAUUAUUUUGGACCUUGUGGGAAAUAUAAUGCUAUGGUACUUGAGCUGUUGGGACCUAGUCUAGAGGACCUUUUUGAUCUCUGUAACCGUACAUUCACCCUCAAAACAGUGCUGAUGAUUGCAGUCCAGCUGAUCUCUCGUAUGGAAUACGUACAUGCAAAGAGCUUGGUAUACCGUGAUGUGAAACCAGAAAACUUCCUGCUGGGCCGUCCAGGAAGCAAGCGCCAGAAAACAAUUCACAUAAUAGAUUUUGGUCUUGCAAAAGAAUAUUGGGAUCCAGAGACCAAAAAACAUAUUCCUUAUCGAGAACACAAGAGUUUGACCGGAACAGCACGAUACAUGAGCAUUAAUACACAUCUAGGAAAGGAACAAAGCCGUAGAGAUGAUUUGGAAGCCUUGGGUCAUAUGUUUAUGUAUUUUCUACGUGGUAACCUUCCCUGGCAGGGCCUUAAGGCAGAUACAUUAAAAGAAAGGUACCAGAAGAUUGGUGACACCAAGAGAACCACUCCGGUGGAGAUUCUGUGUAAUAAUUUUCCAGAGGAAUUGGCCACCUACUUGCGUUAUGUUCGCCAGCUGGACUUUUUUGAAAAACCAGAUUACGAAUAUCUGCGCCGACUGUUUACAGACCUGCUGGAUCGACGUGGUCUCAUCUUUGACUAUGAAUAUGACUGGGUGGGAAAAACCUUGCCAAGUCCCAUUGGAUCUGUUCCUUAUGGAGGCCUCACACAAGUACAAAGCAAAAAACAGCUGUACCUCAAACACCAGGGAUUGAAUUCCACUAAUGGAGACCUAAAUAUGGAUGAUCCAACAGCUGGACAUUCCAAUGCACCCAUCACUGCACACACAGGAGUUGAGGUGGCAGAUGACACCAAAUGCUGCUGCUUUUUUAAAAGACAGAAGAGGAAAAGUACCCAGCAGAAAUGACUUGUCAGCCACCUCAUACAAUGGAACUUGAUUAUGUAUUGGAUUACAAGUUUUAUGGAAAAGACACUUUACGUCUCACAUGAUCUUCUGCAAACAGUGUUAGUGACCUGGAGCAGCAGUAAACAGAAGAGAUUUUUUUAUUGUUUCUUGCUACUUUUAUUUAAAUAUUUGUAAAAAAUGAUGUUUUUAGGUGGGAUUGUUGCUUACACCUUUGGCAUGGAAGAAUUAUAUGAUACUGGUGUUGGGCUAUUAGAACUUAUAGUGGCCUCUACUCAAAGAUAAGAAAACUUUAAUCAUAGUUCUGGAACAUUUUGACCCUUUCCUUUGCUGGGAAGAUCUCUGAAUUUAAAGGGGUUUCUCUCCUCCAGUGCCUUAAGACAUUUGUUUUCCUAACAAAAGAAAUUAGCUACCUUGUGGUGGCACUGGAUGGAUGGAAUCCUUCUUAGUUGACAUGUCCUAAGCAUUGUAUCCAUAGCCACCUUUCUCUAAACCAAAGAGGUGAUAUCUGAGGAUCAAAUGAUGGAGGUUCCUAUAUUGUCCACAUAUAUGGUAGGACAUACUACUCUAGCACAACAAAUGUAUUACUGUUCUGUAUUGUAACUCAGUGUAUGGGAAAUUUCCUAUAUAUUAAAUCUGGAAAAAUUCAAAUGCCAAAGUAAAUUUUGAAAUGUUA